GAGGAGAUAUUUACCCAAUCAGGAUUCAGGAGAGAAGCAAAGAGCAGAAGAAGAAGAAAGAAAUGGAGAUAACACUGAACAGUGGCUUCAAGAUGCCGAUCGUCGGCUUAGGAGUAUGGAGGAUGGAGAAAGAAGGGAUUCGAGACCUUAUCAUCAAUGCUAUCAAGAUCGGCUAUCGCCAUCUCGACUGUGCUGCUGAUUAUAGGAACGAGGCUGAAGUUGGUGAGGCUCUUACAGAAGCAUUCAAGACUGGUCUGGUCAAGAGGGAGGAGCUCUUCAUUACAACCAAGCUAUGGAAUUCAGACCAUGGCCAUGUUAUUGAGGCGUGCAAAGACAGUCUCAAGAAACUUCAACUUGAUUAUCUCGACCUUUUCCUCGUUCAUUUCCCCGUAGCAACAAAACACACUGGAGUUGGAACAACCGAUAGUGCUUUGGGUGAUGAUGGGGUAUUGGACAUCGAUACAACAAUCUCUCUGGAAACUACAUGGCAUGACAUGGAAAAGCUUGUUUCUAUGGGUUUGGUCCGCAGCAUAGGAAUCAGUAACUAUGAUGUCUUUCUAACGAGAGAUUGCUUAGCUUACUCCAAGAUCAAGCCUGCAGUGAAUCAGAUCGAGACACAUCCUUACUUCCAACGUGAUUCUCUUGUCAAAUUCUGCCAGAAGCAUGGGAUUUGUGUCACCGCUCAUACUCCUCUCGGAGGUGCCACAGCCAAUGCUGAGUGGUUUGGCACUGUGUCAUGUCUGGAUGACCCAGUUCUCAAAGGUGUGGCCGAGAAGUACAAAAAGACAGUGGCACAGGUUGUGCUGAGGUGGGGAAUCCAGAGAAACACAGUGGUGAUACCAAAGACAUCGAAGCCCGGGAGACUGGAUGAGAAUUUCCAGGUUUUCGAUUUCGAACUCUCUAAAGAGGACAUGGAAUUGAUCAAGAGCAUGGACAGGAAGUACCGUACAAACCAACCAGCCAAGUUUUGGGGCAUUGAUCUCUACGCUUGAUCACAAUCUCUCGCCCUAUCUAUAUGAAUAAAUGAAGCUUGAAAAGAUAAACAAGAUGAAGAAGGAAGCCAUUAAGCUUUACUGCAACAUUCUCAAAUAUUUGUGAGCCUAUCUUAUUAUAUAAACUCAUGUCAAACAGAUUAUGAUUUCCUUAAGUCCAUUAUCACAUAUUUGAUGAAAAACUAA